AUGGACCAAUCUUGGCUUCAGUACACUGAUACCACCCAAGCACGAGACCUAACAGUCGAGGCUGCCCAGAGCAUCUCAAAGGCCCUCAAAGGAGGAAGCGCGUCUGCGCGGAACAACAUCCCUGCCCCAAAGCUCAAAGCGCUGCUCGACAGCAGAAGUGACCGCGAUAUUCUCGAUGGCUUGAGACGGGUUGUUGCGAUGAUCUACCAGAACAAACCGGCGAUAACAUACUUCUCUUCCGUCGUCAAGAACGUCGCGAAUCCGAACCUCGAAGUCAAGAAGCUGGUCUAUGUCUAUCUGCUCCAUUAUGCCGAAUCCGAUCCCGACCUGGCUUUGCUGUCCGUCAAUGCCAUCCAGAAGUCUCUCACAGAUCAGAAUCCACAGGUGCGGGCGCUGGCACUACGUACCAUGUCGGGCAUGCGAGUGCCUGUCAUCAGCCAGAUCGUGUCCCUCGCCAUCAAGCGUGGCGCUGGGGACAUGAGUCCAGUGGUUCGCAAGGCCGCCGCCGUGGCCAUUCCAAAGUGCUACAACCUCGAUCCGAACUCGCUGCCACAGCUGCUCGACUAUAUUUCCAUUCUGCUUGGAGACAAGCAAUACUACGUCGUUGGUCCCGCCGUGCAAGCCUUUCUGGAAAUAUGUCCCGACCGAACGGACUUGAUCCAUCCGCAUUAUCGAAGCCUUGUUAAGAAGCUUGUAGACAUGGACGAAUGGAGCCAACUGGGGACGCUGAAACUACUCCUCUUCUACAGCCGACGGUGUUUCCCACGGAGAACUCAGCGGGUCACCAAAGUCAACAGGAAAGGCUUCUAUGAUGACGAGGCCGAAGACAAGACGGAGGAGACGGGAGAGACGAUCCAAGUGCUCGAUCCGGACUUGGAGCUGUUCCUCAAGGCGUGCAGACCGCUCCUGCAAAGCCGGAGCUCGGCCGUCAUCAUCGCAGUCACGGGUUGUUACUUGUACUUGGGCACGCCCGAGUAUCUCCGCGAUGCCGUUGGACCGCUGACGGGAUUGAUGCGCGGCCCACGCGAAGUGCAAGAAGUGGCUCUCUGCAACAUCGUCCUGGUGGCUCUAUCGGUACCGGAGCUUUUCGUCCCCUAUGCCUCGCAUUUCCUCCUUCGAGCAUCCGAUUCGCCGCAGAUCUGGAGACUGAAGAUCGAGCUCCUGACCCUCAUCUUCCCGCACGCGGCGUUGCACCUCAAGUCCGUCAUCCUAAGCGAGCUGGAGCACUUCUCGCACUCGUCCGACAUUGGGCUGAUCCGCGAGUCGGUCCGGGCCAUCGGCCGAUGCGCCCAGUCCGAUCCGAAAAACGCCCACCGGUGCUUCAGAGUCCUCCUGAACCAGAUAUCCAGCUUCGACAAUGUGUUGGUCUCCGAGGUCCUCACCGUGAUGCGCCACCUUAUCCAGCAGGACCCGGCUUCCCACCGGAAGACCGUCGUCCGCCUUGCCAGGAACCUCGACAGGACGACCAGUCCCGAAGCCCGCGCCACAAUCAUCUGGCUGGUAGGUGAGUUCGCGAGCCUCGACCCAGACAACAACAUCGCCCCAGACGUGUUGCGCAUCCUGGCCAAAGCGUUCGCGGACGAGAACGAAACAGCGAAGCAGCAGAUCGUUCUAUUAGCUGCCAAAGUCUACCUGCUGUACUUGCAAAAGACAGCCUUGCGGGGCUCGACCUCGGAACCGAAGGAUGAUGCCAACGCCGAAGAAACCCGCGAGGCCCACACCACCGUAGCUGUCGACCAGACGCACCCGAUCCCCAAACUGUGGAACUACAUCCAGGUUCUCUCCCGCUACGACACGUCCUACGACCUGCGCGACCGAGCGCGCCUGUUCAAGGCCCUGCUCGCGAACCCCUCGUCUGUCCAGCUAGCGACGUUGCUCCUCCUGGCGCCGAAGCCCGUGCCGCACUCCCCGUCGCCGUCGGAGAGCCGCAGGGGGCUAACGCUAGGCAGUACCACGCUCGUCCUGGGCAAGGACGUCGCCGGCGUGCUCGGACUACCCGGCUACGAGGAAGUACCCGCCUGGGUGGACGAGGGGAUGGAGCCGGACCCGAAACUCAGGGACGCCAGCGGUGACGGGACCGACAAGGACGAGUACGUGCCCGUCGCUGCGAGGACAACCAGCUCCGUUGCCGCAAGCAGGCGACUCGAGGAGGCUGUCAGGGAGCAGGGGCUCGAGAAGGUGGUCGCGGCUGGGACCGGGACGGCCAAGGCGGGCGCCACCAAGUCGAGGACCAGGACCCUGGAUGAUUGGUUGGCAGAGAGUGAAGAGGAAGGAGAGAGCGAGGAGGAGGAGACGGAGAGCGAAGAAACUGAUGAAGAGGAGGAUGAAGAAGAAGAAGAAGAAGAAGAAGAAGAGGACGACGACGACGAAGAGUCAGACGAAGAGAGUGAACAGGACGAUGACAAGGGCGUGAGAAAGGGGUUGAUCAGCUAG